AUGUCUGCCGUUCUGUCCCCUUCCCAGACCGCUGCCCUAUUCGACAUUCUGACCCAUUACGACACCUACGCCCAGAUUCGCGAGUUUCGGAGGCCAGGCAGUCUGGCAAAGUACGGACCCCCUUUUACCGCCCAACAAGACAGCCCAUCCAGUUCACCCGCCCUGCAGGCUCUGGUCUCAAAGUUCCUGCUAAACCUGCCCGGCUUGAACAACCUCCCGGAGAAAUGGUGGACCGUGCAGUGUCAGGAGAUCAUCGAGGGUCUGGAGAGGGCCAACUUGAGCGAGAGCUACGACAAGGGCGUCAUCGGCAGCCGCAAGACCCUCGCCACGGCAAUAUCAGCCCUGAUCGAAUAUCCCGUCAGAGGCACAUUCGCCGGCUUCCCAGAGAUCAAGGACCGCGAUCCAAACUACGACGUCACCAACGCCGAUGAUCUGGGACGGGCCUUUCGGGACUUCCUCAAUGAUUGUGUCUAUGGCAAUAUCCUCGACGACAUGGUCCAGAGAACCGCCGAGACGGACAAGCUCGAAGACCACCCUCAACUGACAAAAGCCGUACACGAGUUUGUACUUGUCAAUAUUGCCUCCCUUAUGCAUUACACGCUUAUCUUGUCACCCAAGGGCCAGUAUUUGCUGAAGCUAGUUGACAAUGCCAAUAAACUGGUGCCCUACAUGGUUCUCAGACAAACACUGAAGAUCGGAAAUGUCGCGACCAUGAUAAAUGCCAUGGUCAAAGUUGGUCUGGCCAAGAUGAGUGUUACCAGUGUGACCAAUUGGAUAGGCUUGACCCAGUCUCAAGAUGAGGGCACGAAUCUCAUGCAAACAAUCAUUUCCACGGUCCUUAACUGGGACAUCAAGGACCUCGAGUCGAAGGGUGCGAAACUCGAGCGAGAACGCGCCAAACUCGGCAAAGAACAGCUGCACGCCUUGAAAGAUUACGCGCACAAACCGCAAGAAGAGCAAGACCGCAUCCGGAAGGAAAGUCAAACGCAGUCCAUAUCAAUUGUGACGGCCAUUUUGAAAGACACCAAAUCGCCGUCGACAGAACUGACCGAAGUCCAUCACAAGCAAGCGUUGGAGUACCUCUCGAUCCACCUCUCCAUUCGCGACCGCAAACAACUAAUCCAAUGUCUCUGUAAAUCGACCCCAGACCACCUCACCCUGUCUGUCCGCGAAGUUGUCGAUGCUUACGAGCCUGUCAUACGACGAAUGCACAAAGCAAUCGAUCUGUCCUCCACACUUUCCGAUUUCGAGUACUUUCUCAAGGACCUGAUCAAGCUCGCAAGAGUCCAAACGGAUAAGUCCAACAAGGCCAUUGUGCCGACUGUGGGAGAUUUUGUCCAGCUCCUCCGCAAACAUCAGCGGUCGUGCCACGUCUUCAUGCACCAGUGUGCUAAGAAUGACAAGGAACUAACCGGUUGGUACCUCGACUGGGCCAAAAAUGCGGCCGCGCAUUUCAGACAAGAGCCCGGUGGCACCCAUUCUGACGUGGUAAAGCACGGCAAGGGCGGAGCUGGCAACUUGACACCGGCCCUGCACGACCUGUUCUCCUCUCUCCCUCAAGAAACACAAUCCCGCAUUCUGCCCAUCCUCGACUCCCACUCCGAAUUUUUGGAUAAAAUGCACGAACAGUCCCUGGCCCGCCUGGCGAACGUGUUGAAGUCGCCGCCGUCUAAAAACCCGGCCAUCGCAAAAAUCUUCUCCGCCAACCACUCCACCCACUCCAGCCGGCAUUCUUCACGCCCAUCCAGCCCCGCUCCACCGUUCGAUCGCAGCGAACGCCCAGCCACACCGACGUCGACACCAGCACCAACAUCCUUCCCCACAAUGGCAUCAGAAAGCGACACGGCCCGCGAGAUCAAAGAGAAUCCUCCACCGGAGGUUUCUUCGAACCCCGGGCCCGGCGCAUUCCUGGCGCGCUGGCAAGCGCUCCUCGACGCCACGCCAAUCACGCCCUUGAGUCAGCAAGGCAGUCUGAAAGCGGCGAGUUCGCCGGAGGUGGUGCAGGCGAGCGCGACGGACGUGGACGGCUCAAAGCUCGUGGAGUUCAAGAACAAGGAGGCAAGGGGGGUAAAGAUCCGCGUGGAGGACCAGAAACCGCACGGAGAGAAUGCGAAAAAUGAGAAGGAAGACGACGACGUGGGAAUCGGAUAUAACGCGCGGAAGAGGCAGAAGCAGUUGAAGAUUGUCAUCGACGCCAUGGGGGACGGGUUUCGGGAUCUGUUGGCCCGGAAGGCGUGUUAUUGGUGA